GUAGCAUUAAACAUCAUGGCGACUUACGCGGAUGAAAUGAAAAAGUUCUUUGAAUCCAAUAGUAGAACACGCGAUGUUCAAGCACAUACAGCAAAAGUUCAUUCUGUUGCUUGGAGUUGUGAUGGGCGCAGACUGGCUUCAGGAUCAUUUGAUAAAACUGUUUGCAUUUAUAUGCUAGAUAAAGAUAGGCUGGUAAGUAAUUUAAAGCAGUAGUAGUUAAAUUUUUUUUAAAGAGGCUAGUGCUGGGACUGUGUAACGUAGGCUGGCAGUAGCCGUAGUCGUAGGGAACGUUUAAAGUACCAUUGAUCGUAGCAUUGUCGUGAUUGUGUGCCGAUUCACUAAUGUUUUUAUAAUGAAGUGUCUACAUGUCUGGCGACCGGACAAAUAAUUAUCGAGAUCUUUGUCCGUCGAUCCGUCUGCUAACUCUAAACUCUAAAUCAACCUUGAGAACUUGUUUUUUUAGGAUUAACUUAAAAAGAAGACGCUUACAGAGGAAUAUUUUAAGUUGAGGUUUAACCCAUUGGGGACGGAACCUUUUUGUUCUGUCUGUGCCAAAAAGAUGGAGCGCUGGACGUAUAUCUCCCGCACUAUUUGUCCGGCGACCAAGUCACAUGACCGCCGUAAAAAAGUGACAAGAGAUAUCUUGUCGGUCAGCCUUGUCACAUUGACUGCGAAUGAUUCAAAACUAUUAUUAAUAAUUAUUAAUUUUAAAAUCUAUUUCUCUACCAUGUAAUGUACUGAGUAUCUUGAAUGCAAAUAAUAGAAAAAAACUUAAAUGAAAGUGGCUUGUAAACAUUUUUGUUUAGUUUGUUAUUUGAGUUUGUGUACCAGUGAUCCAUAAAAUAAAUUAGGGGCCAGUGUGGAGUAGGCAACCAAUAAAAGAUUUCAUUUUAAAUUGUUUAAAUUGCUACAAAAUAUUUAAAAACUUCUCAUGAAACUACUGUUGCUGAUGAACAUGAUAGUAUAAAUAUAGUAUAAAAUAUUUUAAAUUAAAAUGGGAAGAAAAAAAAAAAGAUCCGAUUCCCGGUAUUGAUCCUUAAAUCAUAAUAUCGUCAAGCGACCACUCUACCCUUAGACCACAUAAGAUCUACCAAACCGCACUUUGUUCGGAAUUAUAAAAAUUACUAGCCGUCUGGCGGUCACGUGACAUGCCGCGGACGUAUAUCUUGCGCACUAUUUGUCCGGCGCGCCGGAAAUGUAGACACUUCGUUUUUACAAACGCAACACUCUCAUUGCAAAAAAAUCUAUAAAAAAUAAACUAUUUCUUUUACAUAUAUAAAACUAUGUAUAUUCUUGUAUAAAAUUGAAUAAGCUAAUACAAUAUUUAUAAAUCAAACUGAAAUUUCAACAUUCAUGCAAAUGAGCUAUCAUGGUUUGCAUAAUUUAUGCAUGCAAUUUUUGGUUAAACUGAGAAUAAACAUGACUUACCAGUGUAAAUUGUGGGAAUGUUUUGAUGGAUGAAGCAUGAAUAGAUCCUAACACAUCUAUUUUGGGAAAUAAGACCCAUGGAGGCCCUUCAGACACCCCUGGCAUAGAGUUCUAUGCCUCUUCCUGCCCCUGGGUGCUUUUCGGUUGCUACAGACAGAGCAGUCCUUUUCACCAUUGUGCAUCCAAUAAUGGUUUAUUUAAGCUGAGUGUUACUGAGAAAGUUGUCUGCAUACUUAUUAGUUAUAAUUAGUCUCUCUCACAAACAUUUGAAUGAUAUUUUGUGUAAAAAUUAGCAUAAAGUACUCAACUGGGAUGCUUAUCCCAUGAGGCAAAUUUAUAGGCUCUAUUUUUUCUAAAAAUUCAUAGGGGUCAUCGCUAUGCAAUUCAGAUCCCCCUAAUCCUAAACCAAGGAUUCGCAAUAUUAUCAUAAACAUAACCAUUUUGAUUGUCUUCAUUACUUUCCUUGUUGUUUUCAUCUGUCAGAUUUACUGCUAGACAGCGAGAAAUCAGAAUCACUAAGCACAAUUUGAUCAGAGUACCUAUCAGACAUGUUCGAAUUUCACGAUAUAAUUAUACACACAAAAAAAAAUUCCUGCACACAAAUAAAUUUAGUUCACAAUCAAUGCUGGGAUGUGCAAGAAUACGUAAGAAUAAUUUUUAUUUGCUGGUACAACACCAAGCCAACCAAUCGUGAGGCUUGAUUUAUCGGGCAGAUGGUUCAAACUUUUGUCUUUCUCGCUAGUCAACCUUGGGCCGAUAGAUCGGCCCUUACGUCUCCAGAGGGUUAAAAACCUGUUAAAGUCCAUAUUAUAAAUGAUCAUAAUUCUUCUCUUCUUCUAUAUCUUAAGGGCCCACGAUCAAUUUAUUGAUCAUUUUGGCUCCUAUGCAUGUAGAUGGGAUUUGCAAUGUUUCUGUUACUGGUGGUGAUGAGGAAAUUAUGCACUAGGGGUUUGAAGGCUUGAGGCAAUAGACACAAAUGCGUCUAGUGUUGUCGCCUCAACUGUUCCUUUUGAAAGAUGGUUCCAGUCCCUGAUUGUCUUGGGCAGGAAUGAGCAGCUCCUAUACUGGCUUCUUGCUGGUAUGAGCCUGAAUUGCCUGUCAUGGCCUCGUCGCUGUCUAUGGGGGAGAGGGACGAGUUUCUGUUUAAUACUGGAACAGUGGACCAGCCCAUUAUUUAUCUUGUACAUCAUGGAGAGCCUGGAUUGUCGUCGUCGUUUCUCCAAUGGUGACCAGCCUAGUGUUUCUAGCAUGCUGCCAACACUAGAGGUAUUCCUGUAGCGGUUUAGGACAAAGCGUGCUGCUCGUCGCUGGACCGCCUCCAACCUGUCAAUGCUCUUCUGGGUAAAUGGGUCCCAGACUGAAGAUGCAUAAUCUAAAAUCGGACGGAUAAAGGCUUUAUAUGCUCUUUCUUUCACACAGGAGUUGCCAAUCUUUAGAUUUCGCCUUAAGAACCCCAAGGCUUGGUUUGCUUGGUUACAUACAUUGUUAAUAUGCUCGUCCCAGCGGACCUCUCUUUGAAUGGUAACACCCAGGUACUUUACGGAGGAAACUUGCUCAAGAAUAUGGCCGUGCAGUUUGUAUUGGUAGUGUAGAGGAGUACAACUUCUAGAGAUUGAUAGUGUCUGGCACUUGGCAGGGUGAAAUUCCAUGUCCCAGCUCAUCUCCCACUCAGCUAACAGAUUGAGAUCCUGUUGUAGCUGGUCCUGGUCAGAUCUGUUGGCGAUCGUCCUAUACACUGCUGUGUCAUCUGCAAACAGUCUUGCCUGUGAUGUCAGUUUCUCCGGUAGGUCAUUAAUGUAUGCUAGGAACAAACAGGGGCCCAGGACUGAUCCCUGGGGGACCCCUGACUUCACAUUGACAAAGGAGGAGCUUGUACCGCCCACCACCACUGCUUGGCGUCGGUGGCUAAGGAAGCUAGAGAUCCAUGUUUUAGUGGUGCCUUGAAUCCCAUAUAUCUGCAAAACGUUGUCAUGCCAUGGCGCAUGGGCAGCCACUCAGUCACGUGCAUGUACUAUACUACCUCAUUUAUUAUUCUUAUAGUUUCCUUCAUAAGUCAUAAGAGAACAUUAAUGAGCUUUUAUUGUGUGUAUGAAUUCAGAAUAAUACAAUGAAAACUUUUUUCAUUCAUUAUUUAUGUUGUAACCUCAAUCUAAAAUAUAUUCAAAUAAAAAAAUUUUCAUUGGUUUUAUUAAAUCAACAUUUAGAGCUUUCAGAAUCCCCAACUAUUUCAAUGGCCCAUCUUUAUUCAUGCCCCAUCGAUUCCCUAUGUCCAAAAAGUUGAAGGAGAUCAAUUUUAUCACCUUUGUUAAGGCUUUAUCAAAACUAACUGACACUGUCCUUGGUAUUGACAUGAUUUUACUCAGUUUGAGAUAGCAAACUUUUCAUUUAGAAGAGAUCUUUACUUAUUUUGCCAUUUACUUCAAAUUCAUUUUGCACUUAGACCUAAAUUUUGUUAAUCUACAUGAAAUAAGGUUAAAAUCUAUGAAUGAAUAGGCUGGGCACCAUGAGCUUGAGGUAUAAUUUGUUUUUUUCCAGGGAUCAAACUUAAUUUUUAAUGCUCAUGCACAAUAAUUAUGACAUAUAUAUGCACCCUUUUAAUGUAAACAUGCAAUUUUCAUUAGAUUGCAAGUAUAUAUAGACUUAAUAAAUAUCAGUCUUUGUGUCCACAUGUUACGCACUGACUUGUAUUGGGAGAAAUUAAUCUCUUAUUUUAAUUUUAAUUGGCUCGUUGUAAACAGUGCCUAACAAAGGACGAUACCAUAGAAUCAACAAUAUUAAAGAUACGACCCAAAACAGUUUCUAGUUACAAUUAAUAAGAUUUAUUAAAUCUUAAGAUAAUUAAAAAAGAAAAGAAAAUAUAAUAACAAUCUUCAACUUACAGUAUUGUAGAUCUUGUACCGGUACACAGUUAACACAGUUAGAAUAAUCUGCCAAUAAAUAAUGCGAAAUAAACACAUAUGAGCACACAAAUACACAAAGAAUAAAACACGCCUCGUAAAGUUAAGAAAUCUAUCUGAAUCUCCGUCUCCGUCCGAGCCUGUCAAUCCCUUAUAUAGGUCGCGUGAGCCCUGCCUUCCAGAAAACUUAUGACGUUUCUAGAAAAAUCACAUUCAUUCUACAAAAUACUACUUGGAACAGAUUAAUUAUUUUUAGUAGCUGGCGGCAUAAACACGAAUAGAUCAAAGGACUAAGCCACACCCCUCAUGCGGGGUCAAUCAUAGGGCAUGCACAAGAAAAAUUAUGUAAACAAGCUCUCUAUAACACCACAAUUGCUGUGCACAGUAAAGUACAACACCUGCAUUUGAGACUAUGGAGAGAAGGGGAUGAGUCAUCGAAUGAGCGCAGCAAAUCCUCCUGUCUUUCCCCAUAUCUUAGUGAUACAAUAAAGUUACUGUUGUCUUGUUUUCUUGAUAGUGACUUUACUUGCCUAUCUUCAUCUUUUAUAGCUAAUAAUGACAUGAUGUCUACAUAGUUAAAAAGCAAACUUGGGGUGGAAAAGUUCACGUCAAACAAAAUUUAUAUCAGCAAUUAUUAAAUUUAACAUAAAUUGAUUCCUCUUCUGUUCCCAAGGACGGAGGUCAGUUAUAGAGUAAUAAUCUCUGGUCAUCUCAUAGUUUUCUUAGGGUGCUUGUACUCUUCCAAACAAGGGCCCUAGAUUUAGUCCCAUGAAAUUGUUCAUUUAAAAAUAUUUUUUGCAAAUACAUGAAAUACUAUACCAACCCUGAUAAAUGGCAAGCACAUAGUUUGCACUUACCUGAGUGUUCUAUGUGUCCUAGUUUAAUCUAAUUCAUUAUGAAGAAUAUUACCAAGAAAUAAAUUCUGCCAUUAUUGAGCUAAGACUAUUCCUAUGGCCUUUUGCAAUCCUCAAUGUAACUGACACUUUUGUGUACACAAACUCCUUCAGUUUCACCAUGGGGGCUCCGCCUCACUACCAUGUUGAAAAAUACUGUCAGGCCAUUUUACUAAAAAAAGUUCCAACCACUGAAAUAUUUUAUGCAUUGAAUCCAGCCCGCUAAACUCCAUAAUUUCUUCAAUUUUUUCUAUUUUUUUUAAAAAUUAAUAAGUAUUAGAUUUUCAACUGAUACAAUUUUCGAUCAGUACAUGCAAUAGUGUGACUUUAAUUAUAUAUUUCAUUAAGAAAUAUCAUAUAUAUAUAUAUAUAUAAAGAUUCUGAAAUGUGGCAUGCAGUCAGUUAUCACCCAAAAAGGGCUUCAUAUGCACACACACUUAACACCCCAACUUUUUUAAAAAAAAAGAACAACUUUAUACCAGUCUGUUAAUUUAGGGAAAAAAGAUUAACAUAAUUUAUCAUAUAAAUAACAUUCAUUCUUCUUCUGAGAAAAAAUAGUUUUCUCAAUAGUUUUCUCCUUUGUUUUUCAUAAAGUCUAUACAUUAUUUUUGACCAAAAUAUGUAGUUUAAUCUUAUGCUAAAUUUAUAUUGCAAUGGUGUAGCUUUUCAGUACUGUUUUAAAAGUGAUAGACUUAGAUGAUGUCAGUACUAUGACCACAUUACAAAUAUUGUUUAAAACUUCAAUAACAGAUUUGAUGAUUUACUUUUCCCCACAGACAAAGGACUAUACAGUCUUCAGGGGUCAUGGAGCUAGUGUUGAUCAGUUGUGCUGGAAUCCUCGAAAUCCUGAUCAACUGGCAACAGCAAGUGGGGACAAAACAGUUCGUAUUUGGGAUGCCCGUACUAACAAAGCAGCUGCUACAGUUAACACUAAAGGUAUACGAUUAUCAUAAAAAUAAAUUAUUGUUUGGUCACGUUUACUCAAUUUUAAAAUACACAAGGUUUGUUUAUAGAAAAGGGUGUUAAAUGACACCCACCCCCUAUGUAAGGAGAAUAUCAGUUUUGGCGUGAAUAUUUUUACCAAUAUCCUUUUUUUGUUUUUUUUUUUUUGUUUAAGAACCCUAGAAAAUUUAUGAAUAAUAAAUUGAAUAAUAAAUCUGUGCAUGGAUGAGAAUAAUAUGAUUUAACAUAUACAAAUGAAGUUUAACAAAAUGCUGUUUAGCUCAUCAAAGAACUUUGAGGGUGAAAAAAUAUUUCAAAAUGGUUUAUAUUUUUACCACAAAAACUGACCGAUGGGUCUGAUUCCAGAUUAGAAUAUCACUUGUUCAAAUACUAACUACAGGCUAGUGGCCUAUCUUUCUUGUGAUUACCAUAAGUAAACUGUGGGCCUAUGAAAAUGAAAUCUUUUUACAUCAUGGCUGGCUAUAAAUGAUCCACCAGCCCAUCAAGGCAGCUACAACAAGUGAAAUUCAACAUCACAAGACAGCAGACAACCGACUUUAGGAUGUAAAUUGCUUUUCUGUUUGUGCAGUUGAACGGUUGUUACAAAUAAAAGCCACAUCCCUCUGGCCUUUAUGAUAAUCCUUUAAGAAAAAGUCUCUUGAGGAAGAAAUAAAUAAAUAGUGACAAUUAGUUGUUACUUUUUGCAGAAUUUUCAGGCAAAGGGGUUGUUGGAUAUGGAGAAUUGCUAUCUUAAAGAGUCUCAUUUUGAGAAUAUUCAGAGCAAAGUUUUAUGUACAAUAAUUCCUAUCUAUGGUUGAAGUAAUGAAGUUUUUAAGGAGAGCUUAUCACUCAGUAAAAGAAAAAACAAUUCAUUUUUGAAAGUGAUGGUGAAUCUAAAUAAAACUUUGCUUUGGAAAGUCACAGUUACUGAAUAUGAGCUUUGAGUUUUAUUGUUCUGCUUAAUCUUGAUAGCAUUCUUUCUGAAGGUGAAAAUAUAAACAUCUGCUGGUCGCCGGAUGGAAGCACCAUAGCUGUCGGAAAUAAAGAUGACCUUGUGACAUUUAUAGAUGUAAAAACCCACAGAUCAAAAGCAGAAGAGCAGUUUAAAUUUGAAGUCAAUGAGAUCUCAUGGAACAACGAUGGUGAUUUAUUUUUUCUUACCAGUGGCCAUGGCAGUGUUCACAUAUUCAGGUAUGACUACGUCAAAGCAGUAUUUUUUUUAUAUUUAUAAAUGUUUUUAAACGGAACAUGGUCCCAACACAGUCGGCAAAACGGUAAAUAGUCGGUAUUUUAUUGAAUAAUUUUCUCAGUCUGGAAAAUGGGCCUUCUAGCAAGGAAAUUUUCCGGAUAGUCUGGAAUUGUUUAAUUUGUAUAAAGUAAUAAUAAAUUUGGCUAUGGGUGCCAUUAAAAUUGACAUUAAUUGCCUAUCUCGUCUAUUUUUAGCCUUUCUGUUAUCAAAAGGACUUACGAAAUUGCUAGUGGUUUCCCCUUAACUGUGCAUGGGUUGUGAGCUCUCCAUUGGAAUUAUUCCUUGUAUUAGUCAUUAAAUUAAAUAUUAUCGUGUUUGAUUGAUUGAUUGUUUCAUGUAAUUUUUUAAAACAGAUGUUGUCAAUUAGAAUACAGUGCUACUUUGAUUUUAAUAAAGUAAUCUUAUAUUUGGAUGAUAUGUUGUAAGAGUUGAAGCACAUUGGUUUGCACAUAUUUUUUCAGUUAUCCAGAGCUGAAGACACUUCAUGUUCUAAAUGCCCAUCCUGCAAAUUGCAUUUGCAUUGAAUUUGAUCCCAUGGGCCAGUACUUUGCCAUAGGAAGUGCAGAUGCUCUUGUUAGUUUGUGGAACCUACCAGAAUUGGUCUGCAUGCGAACAUUCGCACGGUACUUAUCUUUUUUCACUUAUACACACACAACUUUUAUUGUUAUUAACCAUAUGCAGGAAUAAAUAAGUUAAGAAAAGGCUGUGUAUAGACUAAAACUAUGAAGUUUCAUAUAUAUAUAUUUAUAUGUGACAUAUAACUCCAUAUCUAUAUAUUACACAAGUUUAGAUAUGACAAGUUGUGUUAAAUUUUCAUUACACCUUAAGCCUGUGGUAAUAAUAUUUAAUUUUCACCUUUUAGGUUAGAGUGGCCAGUUCGUACACUGAGUUUUAGCAAUGAUGGGAAAAUGCUGGCAUCAGCAUCAGAAGAUCUUAUCAUUGACAUUGGAGAGGUUGAAACUGGUAAGUCCUCAGGGCUUAAUAUGAAAUUUUUUCAGUUUCAAACAGAUGACAUUUAUUAUCCACUGGAACCAUUUUUAUUAUUAUAAAACUAAUAACUUCAUUGAUUAUCCUUAAUUGAUUUUUUUAUUUUUAUUUCCAUCAUCAACAUAGUAAGACAGGAUAUGUAGUUAAAUUACAAAGUUCAUUUUAAUUCUAGCUAAUUUUUUCAUCAUUAUCGAAAGGGUUCUCUUAUUUCCGGAUAUAGUGUACCGGUAUAUCUUACAUUUAAUGUUUUUUUAAAUGUUUUUUUAAUAACUUACUACCGGGUAUAAAUAAUUUUACACUUGUAUCUGUGUUAAAGUUUUGCGUCAUAUUUAUUUAUACAGAGACUUAUGAAUGCUAAUUUUUUUUAUUUUUGAAAGUUCCUGUAAAAUUGGACUAAUAAUAUAAAUGAUGAAAAUGAAAAUCUUUGCAGAUUUUUUUCAUCAUGUUCUCAAUCACCUUUCAGGCUAUCGUUUAAUAAAUGUAUUCCCUCUGUUUAAUAGGAGAGAGGCUCCACCAGAUUACAUGUGACUCUCCUACAUUUACCGUGGCCUGGCAUCCCAAGAGACAUCUUCUGGCAUACGCUUGUGAUGACAGGCGAGACAGGGACGCUGGCAUCGUCAGGGUGUUUGGGUUUCCAUCGGACACGUGAUUGUGGCAUGCGUGUUGUGUUGUGAUGUGGCAUGUGUAAAUAAGACGCUGGACUGAAUGUGGGGCAGAGUUGUAAACUGGUUUGUUUUGUGAAAUGGGAUCUUUGAUUUGAAUGAGUUGACUAGUGAUAUUAAGAAAAAAUCUUAGGUAGGUUGUUUAAUGUAAUUGUUAAAAAGUUUAUUUCUUGGCACCAUUAUUGAAGAAAUAAAUUGUAUGUUUUUUUUUUUUUUACCUGGUUUUUUAAGACAUUUGUUUUACUCUUCCUGUUAUAUAUUUUCAUUAUCCAUUUACCAAAUAACUAUCAAAUAGAUAAAUGUUAAAGGAAGUUAAGUUAGUAUGAUGGAAAUUUUGCAUGUCUUGUUUCACGAUGAGAAGGAAUUUUGCAUGGAUGUUUAAGACCCUAUCAGAUUAUGACAAUGUACAUAAGUUUAGAACAAGUGGUUGUGUGAAAGCUGAUGAGAUGAAUGCAGCCAUAAGAGACUGUUUGUGUGCAAACCACAUUGUUAAGAACAAGUGGUUGCGUGAAAGCUGAUGAGAUGAAUGCAGCCAUAAGAGACUGUUUGUGUGCAAACCACAUUGUUAAGAACAAGUGGUUGCGUGAAAGCUGAUGAAUGCAGCCAUGAGAGACACAGUUUGUGUGCAGACCACGUUUUGGCCAUGUUUCUAAAGUUAUUUUAAUGCUCUAAAUGACAUGAAAUAUUGUUUUUGUUAAUAAAUUUGCUGUUAUUUU